UGAACGAACUUGUCAAAGAAACAGACGAUAUCGUUUCACCAUUAAUAUUAUUAUCAUGUACCAUGAAUGUAUAUAUGAUUUGCGUACAAACAUCAGAAGGAAUAAGAUCAGCAACAACUGAGACAAAGAUCUCAAUAUAUCAUUGUUUGUCACUUUUGUCAAUUGUUUUACGAACAAUGGCAGUUGUCUUAUCAACAGCUAGAAUUGAUGAUGAAAGUGGACAUGCAUUAUCAAUAUUUGCCCGUUGUCAUCCAUCAGUUUUUAUCAUCGAGGUUAUUUGGAUGCAACAGAAAUUGUCGAUUGAUAGAGUUUCUUUUACAGCAAUGAAGUUUUUUCCAAUGACUCGUAAAUUUAUAUUGACUAUCGCUGGGACAAUUGUUACAUAUGAAAUCGUUUACAUGCAGUUUCGAGGGAUUCAUUAAGAUCAAUAUAAAUCGCUAACAAUUAAUUUAUUUCAUCAUUAGAA